AUGAAGUACAAAAAAAAGUUAGACAGAGUAGAGUGGAUUGAAGUUAGGGCGGAGUGGGACGGAGUGGAGCGUGGUGGAGUAGAGGCAGGGCAGGGUAGGGCAGAGCAGGGCAGAGCAGGGCAGAGCAGGGCAGAGCAGGGCAGAGCAGAGCAGGGCAGAGCAGAGCAGAGCAGGGCAGAGCAGGGCAGAGCAGGGCAGAGCAGAGCAGGGCAGAGCAGAGCAGAGCAGAGCAGAGCAGAGCAGAGCAGAGCAGAGCAGAGUAGAGCAGAGCAGAGCAGAGCAGAGCAGAGCAGAGCAGAGCAGAGCAGAGCAGAGCAGAGCAGAGCAGAGCAGAGCAGAGCAGAGCAGAGCAGAGCAGAGUAG